AUGCCAUCAGACUUGCCAGCCCGCGAAUUGUACCCGAGUCUCCUCGCAAGUCUUGGCUUGUGGCCCAAUGCUGCUAGUCUCGGCGCCGCACAGCACACUGAAGAGCUGUCCCCGCCCCCCUCAGUCACUGAGCCAGCUGCGCCAACAACGACGCCAACCAUCUUGCUGUUGCCACAGCCAAGCCGCUUACCUUCACCUGCAGCUAGCAGCUCGCCCUCAACUGUCGUAGAGACUUCAGAAUCAGCUGCGGCUGCAGCUCCUGCUUCGACAAAGCGUAAGACUAACGCGAAAUCAAAAGGCAAAGCUAAGGAAGAAGCCAAGUGCCAGGUCAAGCGUGUGAAGUGGACCAACAAGAUGGUGGGAGAGCUGCUUAGACUGCGCUUCUCUGACGGAGACGUCAAGCGCCGGCUUGAGGGCGCCGACACCAAAAACAAAAAGGGGCUAGCAUGGCAGUACUUUGCCAGCGUACUCUCCCAAGAGCUUGGUGUGGUACUCAACCACGACCAGGUAUCGCUCAAGUACAAGAAACUAAAGUGCAUCUAUCGUAAGGAGAAGAGAGAGCAUAAGAGGUCAGGAAAUGCUGCUCGCAUUAGCGAAAUGGACGAAGGUCUUUGGGCCAUUUUGAAUGAUGCUUUUGGCGGACGAGUAGGCAUUAGUGGCGAAGUGUUGCUAGACUCUGCUAUUAAUGAGGAUGACGGUGAGGACGUGGAGGGUGGCGGGGCGCAAGCAGCGGAAGAAGUUUCAAAGAAGAAGCCGGCUCCUGUUGCCCAGCUCGCCACAGCUUUGCAAGGUGGAAUGGAGGCGAUUGCCUCUUCUCUAGGAGCGCGCUCGGCUGCAGAGGACCAGCUUCGAGCUUUAACUUCGGCAAUCCAGCAGCAACACGAAGACACGCGCAGAUUCCAGGAGAUGCAGUUGCAACUUCUUCGUGAGCUACUAGCGCAGCGCCAGUAA